AUGCAAUGCAAACGAAAUAGUUUGGUAUUUACAGAUAGUGAAGAAAGCGACGGAGAAGGAGGUUUGGGCAAUUUGAGUCGGCUGAUCGUUCGCCCUCCGGGGCAGAGUGGGAAAGCCAAACGUGGGCAGUUGUGUUUUGACGCGGCGUUUGAGUGCGGGAACUUGGGACGAGCGGACCAUAUCACAGACUUGGAAUAUGAUCUGUACGUUAGACCAGACACCUGCAGACCCAGAGCUCGGUUUUGGUUCAAUUUCACAAUUGAAAAUGUUAAACAAGAUCAGAGAGUGAUACUAAAUAUUGUUAAUUUGGCCAAAGAGACGACCUUGUUCGACAGUGAUAUGACCCCUCUAGUCCGCUCUACGUCACGACCGAAAUGGCAACGGAUUCCCAGGCGUCUAAUAUUCUACCAUCGUUCGCUGGUGCAUCGAGGGCGGAAGAUAUUAAGUAUUGCGUUUGCUUUCGAUCGAGAAGAAGAUGUGUAUCAGUUUUCGGCUGCAGCUUCUUAUUCUUACUCGCGACUUCAGAAGCACCUCGCUACAUGGGAGAAGAGGGCACAGGCUUUUGCCACCAGACAAUCCAUUGCUCAGACGACUCAAAAACGACGCAUUGACCUUGUAACUAUUGGAGAUUAUAACGUCAAAGAAAAAGAGGAGGUUAAAGAAGAUCCAACGUUAACUAAAGUGAAACCAGCAGUGACGAAGAAGCGAGUCGUACUCAUUAUAGCGAGGACACAUGGAGGGGAACCGCCCUCCUCAUUUGUUUGUCAAGGUUUCUUGGACUACCUGUUGGGAUCGUCGGAGAAGGCGGUUGCUCUAAGAAACAACAUUAUUUUGGAGGUAAUACCAAUGUUGAAUCCAGACGGAGUGUUCCUUGGCAACCAGAGGUCAGAUCUGCUGGGCGGUGACCUCAACCGGUGCUGGAACCGAGCCACCAGUUUCGCGCACCCUGCUCUAGUUGCAGUCAACGAUCUUCUUAAGAAACUCGCCUCAGAAAAGAACGUGCAGUUGGAUUUUAUAAUUGACAUUCACGCAGACAUUAGUCACGAGGGAGUGUUUGUACGAGGUAACUCUUAUGAUGACGUAUAUAGGUUUGAACGACAGGCAGUCCUUCCUAAGUUUUUAGGCGCUCGUAUAGAAGCGUGGCGUCCUGAGGCGUGCUUCUACAAUUCCGACUCUCUACUGGCUGGCACUGCUCGGCGAGCCCUGCCCUCGGGAUCCAUCGACGCUUACACACUUUUGGUAUCUUUAGGCGGAAGAAGAUUGUCUCCUAGGGGACCUUACAUACAUUAUACUGAAGACGCAUAUACUAAAAUAGGCAAAUCUCUAGCAAAAUCCCUUUGUGACUACUAUCGACAUAUAGGGGUCAUUCCCCCGCGAGUAGGUCGGAGUAAGAAGAAAGAUCAAAGGGGCAGACGGCGGCGGAGACGACCUGUUAUUGAACGCGACAGGUCACCCAGUUCUUCACCUGAACGACGUGUUUUAGCUGGGCGAGUGUUGUCACCGUCCCUGCCUAAAGUAUCCCCGCCUGCCCUGAAAGCUCUACCAGCCAGGCUUUCACGUCGUCCCAUACUGAAGUCUCGACCAAGAACUGUACUAGACAUUGAUCACAUACUGCCUGUAAUUACAGGAACUGCCGUAAAAACGCCACGUCUUGCUGUAGUCGACAUGAGUGCGUACAUCCAGACACCGAAAGUAUUUGGAAAUCAUAGAACAGAGAGCACACAACUGAGGCUCAGCAGGCCACCACGUCCAUCACAGACCAGGUUCACGAGUGACGAGUACGACACCCACGAGUCGGAUUCUUAA